AUGAGCAAUUUCUCACAGGGACAGGAUUGGGAGCCAGCUGGAUGGGGUAGUCGUGCUCCCCCUCGUGGUGCUGCAAAGCAACAAGUGCUUAAUAAUGCACGUCGCAGUGGUAAUGUCAUUACUGAGACCAAGUACAAUGCCGGUACAAACAAAGGCGCGCAUAGUGGUGCAAUCAUUAACGCACGUAAACUCGAGGAGGAUACGGAUAAUUUCAAGCAUGACGUUGUUGAUCGGAGUCUCUCGCAAGCAUUAAUGAAAGCACGUAUGGCAAAGAAAAUGAAUCAAAAGCAAUUAGGGACAUUGAUUAAUGAAAAGCCACAAGUUAUUGCAGAUUAUGAAUCAGGUCGUGCUAUUCCAAAUGGACAGAUUAUUUCCAAGCUUAAUCGUGCAUUGGGAGUUCAAUUGCCACGUGGAUCCAAGAAGAAAACGUCAACCAAUUGA